GGAAGUACAGUUGAUGAUAUAAAGUAACCAUGGUUAAAUCCAAGAACACGAAAGGCUGAGAUAGAAUAAACUGGGUCGACUAACCAUAGUUAAGGCUUCUCUGGUUAAAGAUGUUGGAAGCUCUGUGAUGUGCUUAACUAUUUAUAAAAUAACAAUGGAAGAAGCACUCAAACCAAACCCAUCUCUCACUUUUCAGAUUCUCCGAAACACCACACACUACCUUUCACCAGAGGAAAACACACACAAAGGGUAUUAAGGUAAAUUAUAUCUUUCAAUCAUCGCCUUUCAUACUUUGACUCCAGAUCACAAGAUGGGUCUAUCGAGUCUUCCUGGUCCAUCAGAAGGAAUGCUAUGCAUUAUAUUAGUCAACGCAGCAUUAUCAAUCUCCAUGUUCAAAGGCAUUGUCAGAUCAGUGCUUCACCUAGUAGGAAUCCGUCUCUCUCCUUCUUCAGUAGCAUCUUCAGAGAUUCCAACUUCCGAGACUUUCGAUUUCCGGAUCUGCCAGCCUGAGAGUUUCCUUGAGGAAUUCAGGAACAGGACUCCAACGCUCAAGUUCGAGAGCUUGUGCAAAAAACAGGAGGACAACGAGUGUUCGGUAUGCCUGACAAAAUUCGAAGAGGGUUCAGAGGUCAACAAGCUAAAAUGCGGACACUUGUUUCACAAAACAUGCGUGGAGAAAUGGAUUGACUAUUGGAACAUCACUUGCCCCUUGUGUAGGACUCCUCUUGUAGCAGAAGACCAGCAGGUUUCUUCUUAUGUUUGGUGACUACUUUUCUUUGGUAUAGAGGCUGUUUUUCUUUUGGUUGGGUUUGGGUGUGUUUGUUGUUGUGUACAGCUACUGCUUUUACUAGGCUGCGUCACGGUUGAUUCUUCAGCAGAUUUAGACCGGGGAUGGGGUAAUCUGAUGUACAUACAUAUCAUGUGAGUUAUAUAUGUAUACCCAUGUGUAAUGGAAUCUCUUGUUUGAACAUAGUCUUGAUGAAUCUA